AUGGAAAACCGCGCGCGCCCGCCGCUGCCGCCGGUCGCCGGGACCGCGGUCGAGCUCGUGGAGCGGUUCUUCGCGACGCAAGAGCGCAGAGCCGCAAUCUACGCGCGGUUCCGCGACGACUUCGCGUCGCACCUGCGCGGGGAGACCACCGCCGGCGACUACGACGCGCGCGUGCGCGCGAUAACGUCCGACAUGGCCGCGUGCUCGUUAGAGGCGAUCGCGAUCGAGGAGGCGCUGAAGACGAAGGGGCGCGACGCCGCGUCCGCGUCGAUCCGCGUCGCGCAGAUGGGCGAGAAGACGAAGCUCAACAUGACGUGCACGCUGCAGGUGCUACGAAAAGCGGCGAGCGAAGGGCGGUGGUCGUGGCAGAGGGAGCGCGGCGCGGAGGAAGAGGUCGCCGCGGCCGCCGCGCGCGUCGCCGUCGAGGCGCUCGCGAUGGAGGAGGAGCGAGCGAGAGACGCCGCGAGGGCGCGACGCGGCGGGGGGCUGAGAACGGCCCUGAACCCCGGGUGGGCGAACGGGAAUUUUUGCGCCGCGCACGACGCGGGGGGGGCGACGGCGGCGGCGGGGGCGGCGUGUUCGUGCUUCGACUCGGCGGAGGACGGCGCGGGAGAGCCGACGAGAGAGGAGUACGACGGCGCGACCGCGGAGGCGACGAAAGCGCUGGAAGAGGCGGUGAUCGGGAUCAACGAGGCGCUGCAGGAGCUCAAGUACGAGCUCGCGGAGAUGCGCGAGGAGGAGGAGGAGGAGUAG